AUGAUAUACAAGAACACAAUUCAGCCAACCGUCGACAUUAAUUCAAAAUGUUGGCAAGCCGUUUCCAUCAUCAUUUUACUUCUUUUCACAAUUUCACAACUUUUAACUAAUCUUGCCGAAUGUUCUGAUAUUCUCCGCAGUAAAUCAGUUUACACAUUCGGUCAGAAUAAUGAUAAACAAACUGGUAGAAUGACAUCUUCUGCAGCAGGUUAUUCAAUUUCGUAUAACACACUGUUGGAUAAAGUACUUUCGAAUGGAAGUUUAUCUUGGCAAAUUGCCAAUGAAGGACUUAUUGGACUCGAUCCGAAUGUUUCCGUAAAAUUGAAAAAAAUUGUCAAGGGAUUUAGUGCCGUCUUCUUCCUAGUAGAAUAUUCGAAUCUCAAUACAAGUCAAUCAUUGGGAGAAUACAUCUAUGCAAUUGGUAGUAACCAGAAUGGUCAAGCAUCAAUGCUCUAUCCACCAUUUCUAAUAUCAGAACCUACAUUAAUUUACAUUUACACAAGUGUUGGAAAGAGUGAAAAUCCAUUUCUUGGAAAGACUUCCAUAAAACAAAUGGAAUGUGUUUAUUCAUGUUUGAUUUUGACAUCAGAUGGAAUUGUUUAUAGACAUGCAGGUGAGAAUUACAAUCACUAUGCAACUGGUCGAUGGUAUGAUAAUACAUUUCUUCCACUUUCUUAUCAAGAUCCAGAUACAAUGCAAACUUUGAAUAAUGUGAAAUAUGAAAUGGUAGCAGUGGGUGGUGGUUAUGGAUAUGAAACGUUUUUUGCCUUGACAAAUUAUGGACAUGUGUUUAGUUUUGGUGAAUAUACUUUUGGUUUGAGAGGAACAUCGAGUUCAAUUAGUAGAGAUGUUCCAACUUUGAUUCCUGGAUUGAGAAAUAUUACAUUUAUUGCUGCAGGAAUGUAUACGGAUGUAAAUUCAUAUCAGCCAACAGCUGGUGCCGUUACAGAAACUGGAAUGUUAUGGACAUGGGGAUCGAAUGGUUUUGGUCAAAUGGGUGUGAAUAAUGCAACAUUGACAAGUAGUGAAACACCACAACAGGCAAUCAUUUCAAAUGUUAAGAGUAUUGUAUUUGGAUUUGGACAUUUGUUAAUUAUUUUGAAGGAUGGUCAAAUGUAUGGAUGUGGUGAUGGUUCCAUGAGUGAAAUUACUGGAAUACCAGGUUCAACUUAUUUCAUUCCAACAUUAAUCAACGUUCCACAAACACCUAUUGACUGCUCUCUAUCCUUGAGAUAUACAGCAUGUAUUAUGAAUGAUGGUAAAUUGUACACUUGGGGAGAUAGUACUAAACUAGCUCACUCAGAUUCAGCAUACUACUUACCAGCUGAUGUUCCAAAUAAUGAAAACACAACCCACAUUCAAAUCCUUGCAGAGAAUGCAGUUGCAUACACCUCAGAGGGUCAUUCAGUUGUUUGGGGAUCAUCCAAUUCUGAUUCACUUGGAGCUCUAGGUGAUGAGAAACAAGUGAGAUAUCCAACUAAAUUGCCCACUCCUUCCUUCACUGCCAAUGAAAACAUUACAGUUUUGAGGGUGGUUUCCUCCAGUACAUGUACUUACCUCCUAUCACACCCAAAUGAGAAUGGAUUGAAGAAUACUUUGGAAUAUUGGGGACCUUGUAGUAAUGGAUUGUCCUUUUCAGAGCCAAAUUACAGUCCCUAUCCAGCUCCAAGUACAUUAACUGAUUCGGGUGUUGUGGAUGUGAGCUAUAAUAUUGAUUUUGCUAUUGGAUUGACCAGUGAUGGAUCAGUUUAUGGUUGGGGACAGUCUUCUAACUCAAAUAUGGGACAACCUGAUGCAACUUUAACAAGUGCAACAUUGCUCUACACAGGAGAUGUCCAAUUAAUAUGUGCUGGAUCGUCAACAAGCUUUAUUCUCUUGAAUAAUGGAACAUUGUUGGGCGUUGGAUUGAAUAGUUUGGGAGAGUUGGGAUUAGGUCAUACCUUAUUGGUUAGCUCAUACACUCCAGUGAAUACUUCCUUCCUCUCCAGUGGUGAAACAAUUGUCGACAUGAAAACAGGUGAAAAAACAACCUACAUAUUAACAAGUAUGGGAAAUGUUUACGGAGCUGGAUCAAAUACUGAUGGAUAUAUUUCAUCGAGUGGUGAUUCAAAUUUUGAUCAUUUUGUACUUGUGAGCUCACCAGUGAAAAUUAAGAAAAUCUUUGUGGGAUACUAUAACAAUCUUAUGACCAUCUCAACAAGUGGCGAUGCUUACUAUUUUUCUGGAGCCAUGUAUAAGAUUUCAUUUCCAUCCAACGAUUCAUACAUUAUCGAUUUGUUUGGCUAUUCCAGAUCUUACUAUUUCAUUACCAAGAGAGGAAGUGUCUAUACCAGUGGAACCAAUCAAUACUAUCAGAUAUCUUCACAGAAUGGAUUAGAUGAAAUUAUGAUUACCUCUCCAAAACUCUAUGUCAGUAGAAAUGACUUGGAUGGAAUUCCAUAUACAGGAGCAGCUGGUGAAGGAAGAGCCAUUCUCAUUACCAGAUAUGAAUAUACAUGUGGAGGAAUCAACUCAACUGAUGAAAAUGUCUGUUCUUCAAAAGGACAUUGUAAAAGUCCUGAUGUGUGUGAAUGUUUUGAUGAGUAUUCAGGAUCCAAUUGUGAAACGUUCUAUUGUAAUGGAAUUGCAAAGAGUAAUACUUCAUUCGUUUGCUCUGGAAGAGGAACAUGCAAUGCUCCAAAUCAGUGCACUUCAUGUCAGAAUUCUAUUGGAAACUAUUGUGAGAUUAAUCUCUGUUAUGGAAUUGCACAGAAUGAUACAAUGAAUGUUUGUUCUGGAAGAGGUCAAUGUGUUGGAUUUAACACCUGUCAAUGCUCUCAGGGAUUUUAUGGAAAUAAUUGUCAAUUUUUUUCAUGUUUCGACUCACUUUCGAAUUCAGUAUUGAAACAAACAAGUAUUGCAAAUAGAUUUUGUCAAAAAAUCAACAAGUAUUUAAAAUGA